GGCCAAGAAGGCCCUCCCCAGUCAGCCACCCUGCCUGGGCUUUCUCCUCUGCAGCCUCCUUUGUUCCUUCAUCCAAUUCGACUGGUAUCUGAGGUCAUCUACUAGGCACCAGGCAGGCAUGAGAAGGGAAACGUAGAAGCAUGGGUGGUAUAGAGCCAGCCAGAGGCCUCCGGCCAGACUCCACAACCUCGGCCUCGGCCUCGGGACGAACCAAGCAGCAGUGGAGCAGAGAUCAGGGAGUAGCUAAGGGGGUGGGAGGGUAUGGAAAUUAGCCUGAGCGGGGAGGGGCCCUCCGGUGUCCCAACAGUGGAAUUUUCAACCGUGAAGUCCUCAUAUGCUUGCUGCCUCCUGGUGGCGCGCGGUUGCCCUGCAGCUUGGACCACGUGAUUUCUGAGAAGCGGCCCUGCCUGGAGGAGAACUGAAACUUAGGGUGGGGACUGUAGGAAGGGGCGGAGAAAUCAGGACGCUUCCUGGACGGCUGCUGAGCCGAGGGCCGCUAGCUGCAUCCUGGGACAGCCAGCGAGCCGCGCAGUGAAGGGAGAAACAACACAAUUUGGCCCCAGAAUUUUGAGAAAUGUCUACAGACAGUAGAUGAAUGGGAUCCCUGAGGGCCCUUGCCAGGACCCAACCCCAUUUGUGAGGACCUUGGCAGAUGUGUCCCCCCACGGCGUCCGUUCCACUGAUGCUGCCUGCGACCCUUGUCCCCAGGAUGGCAUCAGGCAGGGCACGCUGCACCCGAAAGCUGCGGAACUGGGUUGUAGAGCAAGUGGAGAGCGGGCAGUUUCCUGGGGUGUGCUGGGAGGAUGCCGCCAAGACAAUGUUCCGGAUCCCCUGGAAGCACGCGGGCAAGCAGGACUUCCGGGAGGACCAGGAUGCUGCCUUCUUCAAGGCAUGGGCGAUGUUUAAGGGGAAGUACAAGGAAGGAGACACAGAAGGCCCUGCCAUCUGGAAGACACGUCUACGCUGUGCCCUCAAUAAGAGUUCUGAAUUUGAGGAGGUUCCUGAGAGCGGCCAUAGAGACGGUGCUGAGCCCUACAAGGUGUACCGGCUGCUGCCACCGUCAGGGACCUGUCCCGCCCAGCCAGGGACCCAGAAGUCACCAUCAAAGCGAUGUCACAGUUCUGUGUCCUCUGAGAAGGAGGAGGAGGAGGGCACCACAAAGAACUGCAUGCUCAGUCCCUCCUGGCUUGAGGACCCCCUCAGAAAUGAGGAGGUGGGGGCCAGUGGGGGAACAGGCCAUUCAAACUUUGGGAGCAGCAGCAGCAGCAGCAACAGCCCUGAGCCUCAGGAAGGUGCUGACACAACUGAAGGCGCCCCUUUCCAAGGAGAUCAGGUGUCAUUGGAGUUUCUGCCUCCUCCAGACUCAGACUACUCUCUGCUGCUCACCUUCAUCUAUGGCGGGCGUGUGGUGGGAGAAGCCCAGGUGCAGAGCUUGGACUGCCGCCUGGUGGCUGAGCCCUCAGGCUCCCAGUGCGGAAUGGAGCAGGUGGUCUUUCCCAAGCCUGACCCAAGGGAGCCUACCCAGCGCCUGCUGAGCCAGAUCGAGAGGGGCGUCCUGGUCGCCAGCAAUUCCCGGGGCCUCUUCGUGCAGCGCCUCUGCCCUAUCCCUGUCUCCUGGAACGCGCCCCAGGCACCGCCCGGUCCAGGCCCACAUCUGCUGCCCAGCAAUGAGUGCGUGGAGCUCUUCCGAACCACCUACUUCUGCAGAGACUUGGCCAGGUACUUCCAGGGCCUUGGGCCCCCCCCCAAGUUCCAGGUGACACUGAAUUUCUGGGAGGAGAGCCCCAGCCCCAGCCGUACCCCAAACCCAAAGAGUCUUAUCACAGUGCAGAUGGAGCAGGCCUUUGCCCGACAUUUGCUGGAGGAGACUCCAGAGGAACAGGCAGCCUCUCUGUCCCUGCUGCAGAGCCUGGGGGACCCACUUUCCUCCUUGCCUCUCUCUCCCUCCUAUCUCCUUUGAAAGAGACUCAUUCUCCACACCGUUGACCUGCCUCCCUCGUGCUAAUUCUCAGUGGUUGUCUCUGAUGGAUACGUCCUUGAACUGCCGAUGUACCUGGCUGGUGGAGAACUCAACAGUGAUUUUUAUCCACCCCACCACUU